AGCGUGCUUCUUUAAGUACUCGAUGACUUUGGCAAGGAUGACGCCGGUCAAUGGAAUGGCAUUAUCGGCGCAGCCGUCCUCCAUCAUGUGCUUGAUGGUCUCAGAGUGAAGAGCAACAGCCUCAUCAACCUCGAAUUCCUCUCCGUCGGAGCUCGUCAGAUUUAGCUUCUUGUUCUCAAUUUCAGUCGACAUGGUUAUUGGUUUCCAAGAAUGGACUCUAUAUGAGCAGGUUGCACUUGCAGCCAUGGACUGCCAGUGUCUUGAUGUUACAAAGGACCUCAUCAAGCUUGUAUGAAAGGCAUUUCCAGAGAGUAAAAGAGUUGGCAAGCUAGAGGCUAUGUUGUUUGAGGCAAAGGGAUCCUGGGCAGAGGCAGAGAAGGCUGAUCUAAUAUGUGAAUUUCAAUCCAUCCUUCUUUUGCGGGUAAUACAUAACAGAAGGGUAGAUAUGGCAAAGGCUCAAGGCGAUACUUCAGGGGCCAUUGAAUGGUUGAAUAAAUAUCUUGAAAUAUUUAUGGCCGAUAAUGAUGCUUGGAGAGAGCUGGCAGAAAUCUAUGUCUCAUUGCAAAUAAUUUGUGCAAGUUUUCACUCUUCACACCUCAAAAUGCAAGGUUGGGAGCGUGGUGCAGGAGCAACACUGGCUUGUGGAACUGGUGCUUGUGUUGUAGUUGUAGCAGCAGUUCUUGAGGGUCGUGCUGGGCGGAUAAGUUUUGGACUUUUGGGCUAUGUGUUAGAAGAAUAAUAUUAUAAUACUGAAAUAUUUCACAUGGAAAUGAAUUUUUUCCAUAUGCUUUAA